GGGUUUGACAUUUAAGGUCAUUUAAGCAGAAAGUUUUCUGUUGACAGUUUAUAAAUAGAAAUGUUAUUUUGAUUUUAACAAAGAAUUGUUUUCAUUUCUUUUCAAAUCUUUUCAAGUAAUUUAAUGUUGAAAAAUAUGUUAUAAGCAGUACAUUAAUAUGCAUUAGGAAAUAAUUUAUUCACAUUCAAACACGACGAAGCACGAGGAAACGGAAACAGUAGACGUGAAAAAACUGCAGAUGGUAGUUUAAUUCACAGUGAUAGAUAAAUAAUGUGUGAUAAUUCGACCAGUGAUAUUUCAAUCUCGAAUAAUACAACUUUUCCAAUGGGGUCAAUAGCUUCUACAAAAGACUCUGUAUGCGAAACAGCAGAGGAAGCAGUUACAACUGAUUCUGAAGAAUGUUCUUCAGAGUUGAGAUAUAAGAAUUUUGACCGGCCAGCACAAUCAACUACUUCUAAUGCUACGUUAACCGAUAAUAUGACAAGUGAUGAAGAGAAUGAUAACUUUUACACAAUGAAUAGAAAUAUUUCUUGGGACAAUAUUCAGAUACCUAUAGUUGGAUAUGAAAUAAUGGAAGAAAGAGCUAGAUUUACAGUCUACAAACUGAAAGUUGAAAAUAAACUGACGGGCGACUUCUGGUAUGUAUUUCGACGAUAUACAGAUUUUGUGAGGUUGUGUAACAGACUCAGGGACAAUUAUCCAGAUGUUACUCAACACUUGCCCAGGAAAAGAUGGUUGAAGAACAAUUUCGAUCCUAUAUUUCUAGACGAGAGGGUUAACCGUUUGCAAACUCUUGUGAAUGCCAUGCUGAACGAACCAGAUUUGAUUUGUUCACAAGAAAUACAGGACUUUUUUUGUUUAAAUGAACCACCAGUGUAUUCGGAAACAAGUGAAGAGUCUAAGGCUAUUUUUGAAGCUUUGGAAGAAACCAUUACGGACCUCAAGCAGCAGAUACAAGAAAAAGAUAAUUCAUUAGAUAAACUACAAACUAAGUUACAUUUGUUAGGAACGGAAAAUGAAAGUUUACGCAAAGUAAUAAGGAAUUCCAUGAUGAAUUGUUCGAAGUGUCAAAAGGAGUGUGAAAAUUUAACAAAACUUGCGAAAUGACAGGACCAAGGUUAUUGAGACCAUUGAGUAGCUAUAUUUAGCUAUAUUUAUAUUUUGUGAUAAAUUGUUGACAUAGUUUUAAAUUUUAUAUCAGAAUUUUUAUGAUUGUGAUCAAACCUGAUCCAAGACUAAGAUGUCUUAUGUUAUUUCCAUAGAUAUUUUAUAAAAUAUUUCACCCAAAAA